AUGGAGUACCACGCUGUGCCUCCAGAGGAGCGCGCAAGAGACGAGAACGGUAACCUGUUGCCCUGGGGCUACAUUUAUAAAGAUGAAUCCCGGAACCCUCGCCGACCACCAGAGGAGUCAGGACCCUUUGGCAAGAGGAGGAAUGCCCGAUACGAAGCCCGAUCCCGAACACGCACUGGCACUCCAGCAAAGCGCGAGAAUCCCAAUGUCGCCGAAUUCGGACGUCUGUUCUCCAUGCAGCAAGAAGAAGAAAAAUUGUCCGGUCUCCCCAAAUCCUCCUCAUCCUCUAGCCUCGACAAGCCGCGCAAACAGACUGAAAAGGUCGCGACCGAGUGCAUCCUGUACGGAUACAAAAGCAAGGACUUCGAAUGGAAGGCGAUCGACAAAUACGAGCGCAUCUCACAGGGCAUGAUCUGUGAGGACUACGCACGCAGCGAUCCCAAUUCCCUCGUCCAGUCUGCGCAAAUGCUGAGCGGCGGCGACGUCGUCAUCCGCGCCAACCUUUCUGCCGAUGCAAACCGCAAGUCCAAGCGCUACGACGGUGGCUUCCACUGGAUCAAGAUCACGUUCGACUCGACGCAAGCCGCCGAUCGCGCGUGCUUCUACUCGCCACAGGAGAUCGAUGGCUGUCUCGUCUUUUGUGAAUUGUACCACGGCCAUGGCCCAGCAGAGGAUGCCCCCAUUCCCGCAGACUCAUCUGCUGCGAAUCGCCUACACAAUCGUGCACCUCGCACACUUACCUCCACACACUCGACAGCCUUCCUGUCCAGCAUGCCCGGCGAGCAAGAUCGCUUCACGCUGCCGCGAUCCUUCGCAAUGAAUAACCUCUCCAGUGUCGCUGACGGCAACAAGGAAGAGUCGCAAUCCAUCGACGCCUCAACCACAACCGCAACCUCCGGCACAGCAACCGCCACAGCAACAGGAGCUUCAACAAGCUUCGACCGCUCCUCAACGCUGCACCAGCGCAGUCUUGCAACCGAGACCAAGCCCGAGUCCGAGUUCAUGACGCACAUUCCUACCGUCCGCCGCGCGAAACUUCGGCCCCUAGUUGAAGCACUCCCUCCUCAGCCAACGGUAACCGAGCGUGUGCUGCGCUCGAUCCCCAUUCUGAGCUGGUUCACUGGUGAUAUUGUUGGUGAUGGACCUCAAUUGCGCGAAGACGGGUCCUUUGACUACGACAAGUCGAAUGCCUACUGGAAGUUCUGGUAUGCAGUUGACAAGAUUCUUGGAACCGAUAUUUGCGGACUGAGAGAGGAGGCUUAA